AAAUAGGCAUACACAAUACACCCCCAAAACUCUUGACCAAAUCGACGGUAGAGAGAAGGAAAGAAAGAAAAACCAAUGGCAUCAUCGCUUUCUCGGUGGCUAGUCGACCCAAAGAAGAACCCUCUAGCCGCCAUCCACAAAAAGACUGUCUCCAGCCGCCUCCGCAGAUACGGGCUUCGAUAUGAUGAUUUGUAUGACCCAAAGUACGAAUUGGACGUUAAGGAGGCGCUGAAUCGGCUCCCGAGAGAGAUCGUGGAUGCGAGGAAUCAGCGCCUCAAGCGCGCUAUUGAUCUCUCCAUGAAGCACGAGUACCUCCCCGAAGACCUUCAGGUAUGGAUUAUGCUAGCGUAUUUACGUAGAGAUGUUUACAGCCGUAUGUAUAUUUAUAUCGAUUUGUUCUUUUAUUUAUUUAUUUUUAUUUAUUUUUUAAUUUUUUUGUUCGGAGUACUGCGGUUUGUGAAUUUGAAUUCGAAUUCGAAUUCGAAUCUUGGUUUUUUUUUAUUUUUUAUUUUUUUGGGUAAAUGAUCAUGUUUGGACUAG